CGUGUUUGACAGUGCUUGUUCACUUUUUCUUGACGCUAUAUUCAUCGCACGCGUUGUUUUCUUUCCCAAGAUUCACCGUAGGUUAUUUCAUCAAUUUUGAAACAGUUGUGAUUUUGAAUAUCAUAAAAUGACUUUGAAAAGUAUCAAACCAGCCAACAAGAAAACCAAGAAACAAUUUGUAGCCGAAGAUUCGCCGGGAUUCACACAUUCAGAAAGUAAACUUAUUAACCAACUGGAAGCCAAGAAAAAAGUAAAACAUGUAAAACAAACAGAAGAAGAGUCAGCCAAAGUUGGUAAUAUGUUUAAGAAGAAAAAGAAGGAUGUCUCCGAUGAUGAAGAAAUUGUUGAGAAACCCAAAAAGUCACAAAAAGUUAAAAUGGAUGUAGAUGAAGGUGACUUUGAAGUGGUCAAACCUUCUAAGAAAACAAAAUCAACAGAAUCAUUGAGUGAGGUUGUCGUACCUGGUUUUUCAGCACCCAAAAAAGCAGCACCCAAACGGAAGCAUGAAGGUGAAGAAGGACCUGCCAAGAAAACGAAAAAGGUAGGCGGAGAAAAAUCAAGUGCUUUCAAAAAGAAGGAAAAAGAAGCACUUAAAGUUGAGCGUAAAACCAAAGAGAAUGAAAACCGCUAUUUACUGUCAGUAAAAGCCAAAAAGUUGUGGGAAGAACUACGAAGAGAAGAUACAACAAAAGAAAAACAGCUUUCACUUAGUGCUGAUCUUUAUGGACUGAUUAAGACUCAUGCACAUGAAUUGGUGUUUGCCCAUGACACAGCCAGAGUUAUUGAGUGCUUGUUUGAAAAGGCAUCUCAGGACAUCAGAGAAGCUGUGUUCAAUGAACUUAAACCUCACACCAUCAAUCUGGCCAAAUCACAGUAUGCCCACUUCUACUUGAUGAAAGUUCUCCGCCAUGGGAAUAAAGAACAGCGAACUUAUGUCAUCCAGGCGCUCAGCGGCAAAGUCGUUUUCCUCAUGAAACACAAGUUCGCCUCUAAAGUAGUGGAAACUGCGUACAAUGACUGGGCCAACGCAAGCCAACGCGCUCUACUUAGUCAGGAAUUUUACGGACCCGAGUUCAAGCUGUUCAAGGAUGAAUCCAUUACCACCCUUAGUGCUGCUCUGGCUAAACACCCCGAAAAGAAGGAAGUCUUCCUCAAACAUAUGAAUCAGGCCAUUGAGCCAAUUAUUGCCAAAGGUGUCUUCAAUCACAGUCUGCUGCAUCGUCUUACAAAUGAAUAUUUGACCCAUUGCAGUGAAAAUGAACGAUCCGAAAUGAUUCAGAGCCUUCGACAGGCAGUCAUCCAAGUUCUGCAUACCCGUGAUGGAGCCCGUGUCGGAUUAACAUGUAUCUGGUACGGUACACAAAAAGAUCGAAAGGAUAUCAUAAAAAGUUUCAAAGGCCAUGUAACUAAAAUCUGCCAAGAAGAACACGGCCAUAUGGUAUUGAUGGCGCUUUUCGAUUCGGUGGAUGACACUAAACUCGUAGCGAAAGCUAUUGUUUCGGAAAUCGCUACCAGCUGGAGAGAAAUUGUCGUUCACGAGCACGGUCGCAAGGUUGUCAUGUACUUGCUUGCCGGGCGUGACCCAAAGUAUACCCAUCCACAAAUCAUUGAUAUUCUAAAACAAGGAGAUGGUAACCCCAACAGUAAGAAAGAUAUGGCUACUCGCCAUAAAGAACUUUUACAGUACGCUUCUCCUGCUUGGCUAGAAGCUGUUGCGCACGAACCUGAAAUGUGGUUAAAGGAUAGCAAGAAUUGCCUUGUCCUCGGCUCUAUUCUCAAGUUCUGCGUUGGAAACGAGCUACAGACCGCUUUCAAAGCAGUAGCUUCAGUUAUUGGUAAUCCUUUGGAUCAAGACCUCAGAAACGCAUUUAGCUCCGAUGGCGAAAAGGUUCAACAUUGGGUGGAGCAAUCGGCUGUCCAUAUGGUUGUUAAGAAGCUUGUUCAGUUUGACAAAUUUCGAACACAACCGCCAUAUUUUAGCCAGGCGAUCAUUGACGAAGUUGAUGCUGAAGAAAUCAAAGGUUGGCUAAGCUGUAAUCGUGCUGCUUUCUUACUUGUGAAUAUGGUCGAAACAGAAAUUGAUAGCGUCACACAAGCUGUUUUAGAAAAAUUGAAGAAUUUGAGGAAAUUUUUGCAAAAACAAACCAACAAAGGCGCCAACAUUCUCGAUUCGAAAUUGUCCAAACUUGAACCAAUCUAGGACUUUUAUUGUUGAUGUGUCGUGAAAAUAUUGAAAUAAUAAAAUCAUUUCUGGAACCCCGU